UGUGGGAGAAAAAAAAAAGGAGUGUUCACAAGGAUGUUUAUUUUACUUUUUGUUUCUGUACAAUAACAUUGUGUAGCUCAAUAAAAAUUUGUUCAAAAAAACAAAAAACAAAAACAAAUCACAUGCCCGGUCACAUCUCAUACUCGAAGGCUAUUUGCCCGAGGUUGAUUAAUUCUUUGACAGGAUGAAACCAUUGACAGAAAUACCCGGGUUCACCGAGCUGUGCUUGCACUGCUGUGGAGGGAGGAACUUCAGUGAAUUAGAAAUAUGAGUAAUGGAUUAGGAAUGAACCAUCACUAGUGCAAUUCCCUACAGUAUAGCCUAUAUUAUAUAUUUGGAAUAUAUAUUUUCAUGUUUUAUUAGGUUCUUUGAUAAGGUUACAAUAUGAAGAAGUACCAACAUAACUUGCGUGAUGUCCCCGAUGUGCAGGUCAUCUUGUAACUGCAUGUUCUGUUCUUUAGACAGACAGAUGAACAUGAUUUUAUUCAACUGCCUUAAGUAACAAAGUAUAGACACGUAACUCUGGAUGUCAUUAUAUCAGAUGACCACUAGAUGUCCUCAUAACCUCAUAUAUGUAUAACAUAUACAAUAUGUUACACCCCCCUUAACUACAUUCCUUUAUACUGAUGCAUAGAACUUCUGCACAAACUUUUAAACACAACAUUUGAGUGUCAUUUACCAAACUUUCAGCAUAACUACAAAAUUAUUCAACACAUUUUCAAAAAUGCAUAUAUACUCAUAAACUAUUGCAUUUCAAUGUAUUACACAUCCAACAAUGCACAUACAUUGUAGUAGCUUUCAGUCUUUGUAUUUUUCAGGUAUUUUUCCAAUUCUUCCAGACCUUGUACGGUAAGCUUGCUCUUUCUCUAUGCUUUCAUUGACAUUUCUUUCAUUUGAAAUGUUCUUACUGUCAUAAGUGCAUUGCACUGUGAUGCAUCAACCGACUGCUGACUAUCAGUAUCCAUGUCAAUGCUUUUCUCAAAUGUUGAAGAGUUUGUUUCUCUUGUUUUUCUUAAAUGUCUACGAUUUUGUCUGAACAGCUUUCCGUCAGGAGUCUUUACUAUAAAAGAACGUGGCUGUUCAUGCUUUUCUAGAACAACAGCUGGCUUCCAUGAAUCUCCCUUUUGGAUCCUUACUCCUUCUCCAGGUUGCAGAUCAGUGUCAGGGAUCUAGGAAGGAGGACCCAGUUGCAGUGAGAUAUAAGGGUUUGACAAAAGACUGAUAGAAGAGGGUGGUGAAGUGCACGAUACAACAACAGGAACACAAUAAACAGGAACAGCUAGGGAAGGCCACUGGGAAGGCUUCAGGAAACAACUGGCAGAAUACAUUGGCAUCAGGGGCAGCAAGGUGGUAACCUCUUUAAUAUCAAGAGACUGCAAUCAACCAUCGUAUCUCACUCUCCACAAGACCUCCAGUCUGUCCUAGAUGCAGCAGUGAGGGUGUAUAGCAGGAUGGGGCUGACCAUCAACACCGCCAAAACAGUGGUAAUCUGCAAGUGGAGUGCCAACAUCCCAACCGCACCACCCAUCUUCUAUGUUGCAGAUGAAAAACUAUCAAUUGUGCCAUCAUUCAAAUACCUGGGGAGUAUUAUCUCUGAAGACAAUAGCAUUGACAAUGAGCUCCAGAACAGAAUCAAACAAGCAUCAGCUGCCUUUGGGAGACUCCGGCGGCGGGUUUUUCAGAACCAGAACCUUCAUCUCAACACAAAAAUAUGCAUCUACCAAGCAGUCUGCAUCACCACCCUCCUCUACAGCUGUGAAGCAUGGGUUACUUACAGCCCCCACAUCAAGUCCCUGGAACACUUCCACAUCUGCUGUCUCCAGCUCAUCCUGGGAAUCACUCGGUGUGACAGAGUGCCUCACACUGAGAUCCUGAGGAGAGCAGGCUGCAAGAGUAUUGAGGCCACAAUCACCCAGCACCAACUGCGCUGGCUGGGACAUGUCAUAAGAAUGCCCUACAACCUUCUGCCCCGCAGAGUGCUAUAUGGCCAGCUACAACUAGGCCAGCGCUCUGCUGGAGGCCAGAAGAAACGCUUUAAAGACCAAAUAAAAACAGCGCUUAAGAGGUGCAAAAUAAAACCUGGGGACUUGGAGAACAUGGCUGCUGACCGUAACACCUGGUAACACCAGCAGUGUUUAGAUGGGACCCAAGCACUGGAGGAGGAAAGGAGAGUUAGGAGGCAACAAAGAAGGCUCAGGAGAAACACACCCAUAAAUACCAGUAACACCGAUAGCAUGUAUAUAUGCCCCACCUGCAAUAGAACCUGUGGAUCCAGGAUCGGAUUAUUCAGCCAUCAGAAAACUCACCGUUAAAAGACAGAAGUGGACGUCAUCAUCGGAUUUGAUGGACAACCGCAAGCAAGCGUGUGUGAAAUAUUUACUUUGUGAGAUGUGGGCUGCGAUUUAUCUUCGUUAAUGUCCACUUGUCAGUUGUGCACAUACAUCAGUUUGUUUCAUCUUUAUUUUCACAACAUAUUUUAAUAUUUUAUACAGUUAAAUUUGCAUCAAACAUAUUUUUUUUUUAUGAAAAAAAUGGCCUGUAAAAUGAUAUAACUAAUACAUGACUAAUUUUAAUAUUUGUUUUAUCUGAUAAUUAAUGUCAAAGAAAUUGUGAAAAUAUACAUGCAUUGGUAAUAGACAGAUAAUGAUUUAUGUUGCAGAUCGUUUACAAAACAGAUAAAUAUUGAUAAAAAUACACAUGAAUGCAAACACCAAUCUUUUAAUUAAUGUAAACAUACCAUAAUUAUAUUAUGUUAAAUUGUACUGUUAAAGAUUUUGUAAAAAAAAAAAAAAAACUGUAAAAAUUAUGUUAUCAAGUAAAGUUAAAAAAGCAUACGUGCUUUAUCAGAAAUCUGUCUCACUUGACAGUGAGAAACCUUAUGAUCUCAAAAGAUAACCGUCAGAACAAAAUCAGCUUGAAAAUGUUAAGUAUUGUGCAUUUGAGUGGUUUGUGUUUGAAUUAAAAGAUCCCCGUGGACUGAUUAACCUGACGCUGAUCUGCAUAAUCAACAGAUGAAUAAAUAAAGCUUUCUCCACGUUGUAUCUUGAUGAAUUUCCACAUAGGGGUAUGCAACAACGUAGGGAGGAUGUUUUAUUAUGUCUUGAUAAUAAACCACUAUCCGCUGUUUAAUUUGAAAACAUUAAUUAUAUCCAUCUAGCCAAGAUUCGUAAGUUUCCCUUACAGUAAAUGAGUAUGCACACACUCGCUUCACUGAAUAUCACCGGCCCAAUCUUGUGCGGCGAGCCCAUUGACAAACCUACUUCAAAACAUUCAAAAUAUAUUUAAAUUUCAGACUUAGAUUUGAGUGUUGUCAUGUUUGUUUGUUCUCCCCCCAAAAUCAUUGUUUUUGUUUUUUGAUUUUAGGAUUUUUUUCUUUAGUUUAGCCCAGGUGAAAAAAAUUUACAUUUUAAUUGUCUGUACAGCCAUAUUCAUAUAAGCCAUAUUUACACAGUUAUAUUCAUGUACUUUUAUUUUCUUUCAAUUGUCUUCUUACAGAUUGGUGCUGAGUUUAUGCGCCUGGUUUCUACGGAUCUCCAGCAGUCUUUCUUUGAUGGACUUGACAAUUAUGUCCCAAGACUUUUACAGAUGUACAGAGUGCGAACUAGUAGCAGUUGAUGAUUUUAUUUAUGUUUGAUCACAGGACCUUAACCAAAAAAAACACUCUCUCGUCUCUUCUAGAAGUAGGCAAUCAUUGUUAGAGGGUGACUGAUGUGUGUGGGUCCCUGGACGAUGCUGAUAUUUAGAAAUCAGGGUUGCUGAUAUAUGAUACUGAUAUGCUACCCCCCCCCCCCAUCUCAUAAAAUCAGAUGAUUCCAAAUGUUUGUGGUAUUUUUAGUCUUUCCUUCACCUGCUAUCAUGUUCAGGUUCUAUUUCUGUUCAGCCACCAGUCUAUAAUUAACAAAGAUUAGAUUCCAAAGAUAAAAAACAAGAUGAGUAAGUCACCUUGUCUGUAAUUAUAUUAGUACUACAUCUACAUGUUUUGAGCAUAAACGAGUGAUUGAGAGAGUUUGAAUAAAUUUAAAUUGCAUGGUACAAGACAGUAUAGUAGUACAAACCCGAUUCCAAAAAA